AUGCAUGAAGAUUGGCUUAAAGGUAUUGACAAAUCUUUAAAAAAUCACAGUCAGUCUAUUGCUGACUACAAGAAAAGUAUAGAUUUUUUACAUAGUGCUAUGGACGUACAUGAUGGAAGCAUAAGGAACUUACUUAAUGCUAACAAUAACUUACCAGGAACUAUUAAAGCAUUUAUAAAGUCCUUUGUAAAACCCGGUGCUCUAACAUUUAGGUCUUUGAGAGCAAGAGCAUUGAAGUCAAGAGAUGCAGAAACUCCAACAGAACCUACAGAAGGAACUGAAACAACAGAAACUCCAGAAGAACCACCAAAACCAACAGCUAAUGAAAUAUUGUUCGAAUAUUUUCCAAGGUACUCUGUUCUCAUUGCAUACAUUCAAGAAAUACUUAAGAAAGCAGACUUGACUUUAGGAGAUGAUGAAAGUUCUGUAUAUCUUUCGUUCCAGUUUCAAAUAGCAGAACUUUUGAGACAGAUAUGCUUAAUGUAUGACAACAUCUCUGAUUUCACAAGAUAUGAUGACGACCAUGACCCCGAACACGGUGAAGAAGAAGUUUUACAAACAUCCAUUAAGACAGGAAAGGUUUUAACUCAAA